CCUUAGAAUUUUUUCGUGAAACUGUACCAGUUGUAAAGAGUGCACAGUAAAAAGUCUUACGUGUUGUUGCAACUUUGGGUCCAUUUAUUCAAUAAUUUUCAAUCAACUUCUUCUUCGAUUUAAUCAACUCAAUCUCCAUAUUAUACAAAUUUACUUUUUGUUCUUUAGAAAACAUUUAUUUAUUAUCAAUUACAACUUUGUAACGUUUGAGUUUAAUCACAUGUGAUUCGCAAUAUCUGCGCAUUGCCAAUUACCGUCCGCCAUAUUUGUGAUUUCUAUUGGAAUAAAUUUUAACCAAUAAAAUUACUUGAAUACAUAUUUAAAUCUCUAAGACGAUAAUUGGCGGGAAUUUUCAAUUUAUUCAAUAUAUUUGUUACAAUAAUUAGAAAAAAAAACUCUCAACUUCAAGAUAUGUUUGAUAAAGGAUUAUAUUUUUAUAAUUAAUUUAUAACAAAUAAUUAUAUUAAACGGAGAAACUGCUCAAAUGAAGAUAAUAAAAGAAUUACAACGAAAAAACAUCUUAAAUAUUAAAAGCUAGUGUGAACUAAUCAAUAGUAAGUCAAAGUAUAAUGAAUGGACAGAAUUCAUGGAAUAAAAUUAAAGAAAUAUCAAAAGCAAAAGCAAAAUUGAGUCCAAAUGGAGAGAAAAAGAAAAAUCCAAGACGACCAUUACCAAGACCUCAUGAAACUGAAGAGGAAGCAAUCUUGAGGAGAUUUCACGAUGCUCAACGAAUGGCAAGAUUCCGAGCUAAAAAAAAAAAAGCUAUUGAAGAGGCUAAAGCACUUGAGGCUGCAAAAUUAACUGAAAUGGCUAUGAUUUCAGAAUUAAAAAGAAGGAAUGUUGUUUUUCAAAUAAAAAAUUCUAAUAAUCAGCCAGUAAAUCAAUCAUUAGAAGCAACAUUGAAAGGAAAUACUAAACAAGAAAACUCCUUAACAAUAGUUCCUACUGUUUUAGGACAAAGUAAAUAUUCUCAAUUAUUAGAAGUUAUUGAAGAGCUUGGUAGAGACAUCAGACUGACUUAUGCCGGUAGCAGAUCUUCUACUGAAAGACUUAAAAUGGGCAUCAUUCAAGCAAGAAUGCUAGUCAGAGAUUGUCUUCUAGAAACAGAAAUUAAUUCACGACAAUAACAAGCAAAAAAUAAUCAUAACAAAACUACUAAAUAUUUUUUCUAUUGAAAUAUUUGUGAUAAAUACAAGUGAUUUUACGAUACUUAAUUCAAAAAUAUCAUUAAGAAACUAUAUUCACUUCACUUAUGAGUUUUCAAAAUUAUGACAAAUAUAUAUUAAUCACUAUAUAUUAUAAGAUUUAGAAAAUAAUAAUUUAUACUACGAAAAUAAUGAGUAUUAGAAAAUUGAAAUUGCUAGUUAACUUUUA